CCACCAUGCCCUCGUUCGACGAGGCGCUGGAACGCGCCGGGGAGUUCGGGCGCUUCCAGCGCCGCGUGUUCCUGCUGCUGUGCCUGACCGGCGUCACCUUCGCCUUCCUCUUCGUCGGGGUGGUCUUCCUGGGCAGCCGGCCCGAGCGCUACUGGUGCCGCGGCCCGAGCGCAGCCGCGCUGGCCGAGCGCUGCGGCUGGAGCCCCGAGGACGAGUGGAACCGCACGGCACCCGAGAGCAGCGGCCACGGCAGCUGCCAGCGCUUCCUCUUGGAAGCCGCCAACGCCACCAGCGCCGCGCUCAGCUGCGCCGACCCGCUCGCCGCCUUCCCCAACCGCUCGGCGCCGCUCGUGCCCUGCCGGGGCGGCUGGCGCUAUGCCCAGGCCCAGUCCACCAUCGUCAGCGAGUUUGAUCUCGUGUGUGUCCAUGCCUGGCUGCUGGACCUCAGUCAAGCCAUCCUCAACCUUGGCUUCUUCACGGGUGCCUUCACGCUGGGCUAUGCUGCUGACAGGUACGGCAGGAUCAUCAUCUAUUUAAUCUCCUGUUUUGGGGUCGGUGUCACAGGCGUGGUGGUGGCCUUCGCUCCCAACUUCCCAGUGUUCGUCAUCUUCCGCUUCCUGCAGGGCGUAUUUGGGAAGGGGACAUGGAUUACAUGCUAUGUGAUUGUGACAGAAAUAGUGGGCUCUAAGCAGAGGAGGAUUGUGGGCAUAGUCAUUCAGAUGUUCUUCACCCUUGGCAUCAUCAUCCUUCCGGGAAUCGCCUACUUUAUUCCUAACUGGCAAGGCAUCCAACUAGCCAUCACAAUGCCCAACUUUCUCUUCCUCCUGUAUUACUGGGUGGUUCCUGAGUCUCCCCGGUGGCUGGUCACCCAGAAGAAAGGGGAUAAAGCAUUACAAGUUCUGAGGCGCAUCGCCAAAUGCAAUGGGAAAUACCUCUCCCCACAUUACUCACAGAUCACUGUUACAGAUGAGGAAAUUAGUAAUCCAUCCUUUUUAGAUCUGGUGAGAACUCCCCAAAUGAGGAAAUGCACCCUUAUACUUAUGUUUGCUUGGUUCACAAGCGCUGUGGUUUACCAAGGACUCGUCAUGCGUCUGGGGAUCAUAGGAGGUAACCUCUACAUCGACUUCCUCAUUUCUGGAGUAGUGGAGCUGCCAGGAGCGCUCUUGAUCUUACUGACCAUCGAACGCUUAGGGCGUCGUCUUCCCUUUGCUGCCAGCAACAUAAUAGCUGGGGUGGCGUGUCUUGUCACUGCAUUCUUACCAGAAGGAAUACCCUGGUUAAGGACCACAGUGGCCACCCUGGGCAGACUCGGGAUAACCAUGGCCUUUGAAAUCGUUUACUUGGUCAACUCGGAAUUGUAUCCAACUACUUUACGAAACUUUGGAGUUUCACUCUGCUCAGGUUUAUGUGAUUUUGGAGGCAUCAUAGCCCCAUUUUUGCUCUUCCGUCUAGCAGCUCUGUGGCUUGAACUACCUCUUAUCAUAUUUGGAGUCCUGGCAUCCAUCUGUGGUGGUCUUGUGAUGCUUCUACCUGAAACAAAGGGCAUUACUUUGCCAGAGACAGUUGACGAUGUGGAAAAGCUUGGCAGGAAAACAACAUCUUCUGUUUCCAGCUCACUUUUGAGGCCACUGUGGAAGAGGCAGGAAAGAGCCACUGGAGCUGAUCUUGCCUGUCCAGAGACAGACAGACUUUGAUGCCAACGUGCUGCUUCAGCUCCACCGGAACAUCCAAGCAACCCGGAGUGUUUGAGUAGAAUGUUGGACACGCUCCAUUGUCCAUGCUGCCAACAUACGCAUAUGGCCCAUGGACAAACGCAGCCAAGAAAGAACCUGUGUGUGGCAUAACAACUGCUGGGGUGGGAGUGAGGGAGGGGGAGUCUUAGGUCAGAGCAAGGUGCCAUAGUGCCACAUGGGAACCAUCCCAUUCCUGUGACAGUUCUUGCAGCAGUACAAGAUCUGCCAAACAGGACUUGGGGCAUGUGGACAAUCUGAGUUGACC